UCUACUUUUCCAAGUAUUUUUUUUUUUUUGGUUUUUCGAAGUCCUCACCAGAGAACUCAAUCUGAGCCGUCGAUUUAAUUCCCCCCAUCAAACCACAUCCAACGGUCAGAUUCAUCCCUAAAAGGCAGUUUUAUUUACCUUCCAUACCCUCAUCUUCUCUCCCAAAAACCGCAAAACCUAAAAGAACGAAAAGAGAGACAAUAGAGAAAAAGUAGCGACGAACAUGGAAAGAGAGCAACAAGUUUACUUGGCAAGGCUUGCUGAGCAAGCUGAACGAUAUGACGAAAUGGUCGAGGCCAUGAAAAAUGUUGCCAAGUUGGAUGUUGAACUGACUGUAGAAGAGAGGAAUCUGUUAUCUGUGGGGUAUAAGAAUGUGAUUGGAGCAAGAAGGGCAUCAUGGCGGAUACUGUCUUCGAUCGAACAGAAGGAGGAAGCUAAGGGUAAUGAACAAAAUGUGAAGAGGAUAAAGGAGUAUCGGCAGAGGGUUGAAGAUGAGCUUGCAAAGAUCUGUGAUGAUAUACUAUCCGUCAUUGAUAAGCAUCUCAUUCCAUCUUCCUCGACAGGGGAAUCAACUGUUUUCUAUUACAAGAUGAAAGGAGAUUAUUUUCGUUAUUUGGCAGAAUUUAAAGCCGGAGAGGAUCGUAAAGAAGCUGCUGAUCAGUCACUUAAGGCUUACGAGGCUGCCACCACUACUGCAAAUUCAGAUUUGCCGCCAACUCACCCAAUUAGACUUGGCCUGGCUUUGAACUUCUCUGUUUUCUACUAUGAGAUAUUAAAUUCUGCUGAGAGGGCUUGCCAUCUGGCUAAACAAGCUUUUGAUGAGGCUAUUGCUGAGCUUGAUAGCCUUAAUGAAGAAUCUUACAAGGAUAGCACCCUAAUUAUGCAGCUUCUCAGGGAUAAUCUCACCUUGUGGACCUCAGAUCUGCCGGAGGAAGGAGGUGAGCAAUCGAAAGGAGAUGAGCCUCAGGCAGAGAGUUAAUUCGAUGGAAGAGCAUUGUUCUAAGACUGGUUUGUCGAGGUAGGAAAGAGUUUGCCGUUAGAGUGCCUUACUUUCAACUCGUAGUAAUACCCGGAUUUGUGACCUAUGGCUUGUAUCCAAUUUGUUGGCCAAAAUGUUUGCAGACUGUGACCCUGCUUUCUCUUAUGUUUAAACACGAUUGAAUAUGUUUUUUUCUCAUAUUUUGUUUUCAGUUUUUGUGUUGUCUUUUAGCGAUGUGUGAUUAUUUGCUUUCACUUCUUCAA